AUGGGCUUGUUAAUUUCACAAAUCCAAACUGGAGCAAUCAAAAAUAAGGCUCCGAAAUCGGAAAAGCGUGGAUGGUUUAGUCUACCAUACGAUAUGCGACGAAUUAUAAUCGAUUCAUUGGAUCUUGAAGGAAAAUCCAAAUUAUCGAAAUGUUCAGAAGAUUGUUGUGAGGAAGUUAUGCUAAGUCGAAAUUAUGUUGACGAAAUUCACAUACGUUAUUGCAACGAUGCAAUUAUUGAGAUUCUAGUGAUUUCAAAUUGCAAAAUAUGGAAAUUCAAAAUGAUUCGAUCAUUUUUUAUAAAUUGUCUAGUUCGUUGGGAAUUUGAAGAUACAAUUAUUUCGGAGAAAACAUUUGUGAAUAAAACAACGAAAAUUUGUGAUGAAGAAUAA